AUGAAAUUGAUUGGUAAACUUUGUUUUAAUCAACAUGCUGAUUUAAUCAGACAACUUACUGAUACAAUCAAUCAACAUGUUGAUUUAAUCAGACAACAUGCUGAUGCAAAAAAACAAAUGGGUGAGGAAAUCAAUGCACUCAACUCAAAGAUAAGAGAGGUAAAAUCUUUUAUAUAUCUUAGAUUGAUUUGGGAGGAAGAAAAAGAUGAUAGAUAUCAAUAUAAUAGAUUUUUAGAGUUAUCUCUUGUUAGUAAAGGUUUUUUAAAAGUUAUUCAAAGUUUGAUCAUUAUGAGUGAAGCAAAUAACAAUCUUGUUGAAGAAGGUAUAAUUUUUUAA